CAAGAUAUGCAUGCACCCAUGGCUUCCAUUUCGAAUUAAUUCGCCAUGAAGUUAGGACUGACUGCAAUUGCCGCCGCCGCCGCGAUGUUUUGGGCGGAUGGAACCGUGGCCUUCCCGGCGCACAAGGGCGGCGCUUCGUGCUGCAAGCGUACAAUGAACGGCCGAGAGCACUUGCAUCCAGCGCGGCAUCCCGUGGACGCGCCGACGGACAACGAACGACACGAGAUUGACAACGUCUUUCCAAGAGCAUUUGACUGGUGCGAGCAAGGCUUUUGCGGUCCGUCGUGGAACCAGCACAUUCCGCAGUACUGCGGCAGUUGCUUCCUUCACGGCGCCUUGUCCAGUGCCCAAGAUCGCAUCAAGAUUCUGCACAAGAAGAAGGGGUUCACCGGCGCCGACGUCACCCUCGGUCGCCAGAGUUUUCUCAACUGCGCGCCGGGUCACAACUACUCGGCCGGAUGCAACGGCGGCGAGGCCAUCGACGUGUGGCGCUUCAUGCAGGACUACGGCCUGCCCGACGAAACCUGUUUGCCAUACAACGCCACCGACCACACCAAAUACAACUCGACCAACGGAACGUGUCCGCCCGAAGGCUACUGCAUGAACUGCAUGUACACCCCCGAGCUCCCGUUGAACGCAACGUGUUUUCCAGUCGAGAAGAUGAUUCGGUAUCGCGCCAAGUCGUUUGGCGCCGUCCGAGGGGAACAUGCGAUGCUCAAGGAGUUGCAGCGGGGCCCCAUUACCUGCGGCAUCGCAUGUAGCGACGGCUUCACGUACAACUACUCGGCUGGCAUUUUUCACGACACGACUAACUUUAUGGACAUUGACCAUGACGUGGAAGUCGUGGGAUGGGGCGAACAAGAUGGCGUCAAGUUUUGGCAUGUUCGCAACUCGUGGGGCUCGUAUUGGGGCGAGAACGGCUUCUUUCGCAUCGUUCGGGGCAUCAAUAACCUCGGCAUCGAAGCCGACUGCACGUUUGUCGACCCUGAGAUUGGCGAAGAGGACCUUGUGUGGGACCAAAGUCCGGCCUACGGGGGGUCCAUCUGGGGCAUUCGACCUUAUAACAAGGUCAAGGCGGUCGAGCAUCCGAUACUAGACUCGGGGGACGUCACUUCGUUCAAUCAGCCAGUGCCAGAAGGAGACGACCACCCUCCACUUUACGCGGCGAUGGAUGCAAAGUCCGAGGUGCCGAUGCUCACUGCGUUCGUCCACUAUGCUGUGGUUGUGGCAUUUGGAGUGGUGCUGAUGGUGUUUGCAACAAUCUUGUCACGACGACGACCCAUGACGUACAGCCGCAUUCGCUGAUUCACUUGGGCAUUGAAAUGACGAGUUUAUGAGAUAUAUAAUAUAUAUAUACUUCACGUUAAAAUGGAA